CAGUAGGUUCAGCCGUACAGAUGCGCCGCCCUCUGCUGAACACAAUAAACGCGGCUGGCGUGUUCCGCUAUUCUGAACCUUCUGAACAAACGAUUUUAUACCUCUAGGAAAUAUAUAAUUCAGGCUUGUACAGAUGGAAAAGCAGGUUGUGGAUGGGUUGAGGGAGGUCUUCCAGUCAGGCAGAUCCAGACCCCUGCAGUACAGAAAACAGCAGCUCAGAGCCCUGCACCGCCUCAUCACUGAACGCCAAGCAGACAUCGAACAAGCUCUAAAGCAAGACCUCAACAAGAAUACGUAUAACACUUCACUCUUUGAGCUGAUCAGCAUCGAGAAUGACAUCAAAUUGGCGGAAAGUGACAUGGCGGACUGGGCAGCUCCUCAGCCUGUGAAGAAGAAUCUCAACAGCGCGCUUGACGAUGUUUACAUAAAGCCUGAACCUUUGGGUGUUGUGCUGAUAAUUGGAACCUGGAACUACCCUUGGGCCAUGAUCCUGCAGCCCCUGGUUGGAGCUAUUGCAGCUGGUAGUAGGAUUUUUGUAACUAAUUACAGCCAACAUAAAAAGUUGUGUUCAGCCGUGCUACUUCCACAAUGUAAAGCAUUUACAAACAGAAGAAAAUGUUGGGCGGGACUUGAUUUUAUCUAUUGGGAAUAAGUUGGAUUUUAAAAUGUUUAUAUGUACAGUAGGAGGUGAUGAAAGUUGAUAAAGUUUAAUUAUGACAACUCUCGAAAUACAUUUUAGUAAUAAGAAUUGUAGGAAGGAUUGAUCUUGUUGGACAAGAUCUGCUCAGCUGGUGUUGCUGGCAUGAGUGAAGCUUGCUCAGAAUUACAGGAACUAGGAUACAAGGUAAGGUAAGCAGAUCUAGA